GGCAGGGACGGCAUCCGGCAAACGGAGCACCGGAGAAAAAAAGAUUCAGGUUCAACAUUGUUGGGUCAUUUGGAGGAACAGUCGGCUAACUGCACGGACGGAGGGCACUAGUCAUAAUAUAACCGAUACAGAAAAUUAGAAAUCAUGCUGCUUCGUAAAGUGAGCCAGUCAUCCGCCCUGUGCGGCUCCAUUCUCAGGGGUCCUCCUGUGAUAUCUGGGGGUCAGCGUGUGGUUUCUGUGCACAACUCCCGUCUCUACGCCACACAAGCUGCACAGGCGGUGCUUGAGAAGCCAGCAGCAGUCAGCCAUGACACUGCCACUAAAGUGGAAAAGAAGACAGUUGCUGUUGAAUCAAAAUCAUUUGCUGUCAACAUUUUCAAGGGACAGAUCCAGACUGCCCAAGUGUUUCCUUACCCCUCAGUCAUGAAUGAAGAGCAGGAGCAGUUUCUUCGAGAGCUUGUGGGGCCUGUCAGCAAGUUUUUCGAGGAGGUGAAUGACCCUGCCAAGAACGAUGCUCUGGAGAAGGUCGAAGAUCACACCAUGCAGGGCCUGAAGGAGCAGGGUGCCUUUGGCCUGCAGGUGCCAGCUGACCUGGGCGGCCUCGGCCUCACAAACACACAGUAUGCCCGGCUCGUUGAGAUCGUUGGCGCUCAUGACCUGGGUGUUGGCAUCACUCUGGGAGCCCACCAGUCUAUUGGAUUCAAGGGCAUUCUGCUUUUUGGGAAUCCAGCCCAGAAGGAGAAGUACCUGCCUAAGCUUGCCACAGGCGAGCAUAUAGCUGCCUUCUGCCUAACUGAACCAGCCAGUGGCUCUGAUGCCGCCUCCAUCAAGACCACAGCUGUACAGUCCCCCUGCGGACAGUACUUCACUCUCAGUGGAAGCAAGAUCUGGAUCAGCAAUGGAGGUCUGGCUGAGAUCUUCACAGUCUUUGCCAAGACCCCCAUGAAGGAUCCCAAGACUGGAGAGAUGAAGGACAAAAUCUCAGCCUUCAUCGUGGAGAGGAGCUUUGGAGGAGUGACACACGGCCCUCCAGAGAAGAAAAUGGGCAUCAAGGCUUCCAACACAGCCGAGGUCUACUUCGAUAAUGUUCGCGUGCCAGCCGACUGUGUGUUGGGAGAGGUGGGCGGCGGUUUCAAGGUGGCCAUGAACAUCCUCAAUAAUGGGCGCUUUGGCAUGGCAGCCGCCCUCUCCGGCACCAUGAAGGCAGUCAUCACCAAAGCUGUGGAUCAUGCAGCCAACAGAACUCAGUUCGGGAACAAGAUCCACACCUACGGAGCCAUCCAGGAGAAGAUGGCUCACAUGACUAUGCUGCAUUAUGUCACUGAGUCAAUGGCCUACAUGCUUAGUGGCAACAUGGACAGUGGAGCAACUGAAUUCCAGAUAGAAGCCGCCAUCAGCAAGAUCUUUGCCUCUGAAGCAGCAUGGACGGUGACGGACGAGUGUAUUCAAGUUAUGGGCGGCAUGGGUUUCAUGAAGGACUCUGGAGUGGAGAGAGUAAUGAGGGAUCUGAGAAUUUUCCGAAUCUUUGAGGGCACCAACGACAUCCUGAGGCUCUUUGUUGCCCUCAAUGGCUUUCAGAAUGCUGGUAACCAGUUGAAGAGCUUGCAGAAGGCCCUGAAGAACCCCAUUGGCAACGCUGGAUUGCUCGCAGGAGAAAUGACCAAGAGAGCCAAAAGGAAGGCAGGUUUGAGCACAGGCCUGACGCUGCAGGGAACUGUACAUCCUGAGCUGGCACAGAGCGGUGAACUGACGAUUAAAGCCAUUGAACAGUUUGGAGCGGUCGUUGAGGAGCUGCUGAUCAAACACGGCAAGAAGAUCAUUGAGGAACAGUUUGUCCAGAGGAGAGUUGCAGACUGUGCCAUUGACCUCUACGCCAUGGUGGUCGUCCUGUCCAGGGCUUCACGCUCUCUGAGUCAGGGCUCUGCCUCAGCUCAGCAUGAGAAGGUGCUCUGUGAGACUUGGUGUGUGGAGGCCCAUGAGAGGAUCAUGCAAGACAUCAAGGCUCUGCGCUCGAGCGAGUCCAGACAGCUGUACAAGAACAUGCGGGCCAUCUCUGCAGCUUUGGUGCAGAACGGAGGAGUGGUGGCCCCCCACCCGCUGGGUUUCUAAACUCACCACACUCCCCAUAUCGUUUGUUUGUUUUUGUUUUUUUUAACUCUUCUGCAUCUCUAACCAGGUUCUAGGUCAUGUGUGCUCUCACACUUGAUCAACUUUACCACCAUUAUGGCUCCAUCACACAUCAGUUGCUCUUUUAUCUGCUCUGUGUAAAUCGAGCUUUCAGGUACUUCGAGUUCUUAGAAACUGGGGCUGAUUGAUUCAUAGUUUUUACACAGAAAUCACAGUUUGAAACCUGUUGUUCUGUCAUGAAUGCCUUUUGAGAUCUUUGCAAAUCUGUUUUUUAGUAACUUAUUUAUUUCGUUCUGACUCAAGACCUUUUAGAUUUUGGGCUAGAGGUCCUAAUUUGAGCUGGAGUUUUACUCUAAAUGAAAUAGAGUUUUUUUAAAUUGGUCAGUACGACAGAAAAUCUGAAUAUUUGUACAUCAUCAUUCAGCCCUACUACCACCUGCCUGUAAACCAGCUGACUGAAUGUCUGAAAUGUGUGAAUGGAGCUUUUAUAUUUACUUGGCCUUCAUGACUGAUGGGACUGAAUUAUCGUUUAAUCUGUUGCAACAUGAAGUUAUAGUGUUGGAUUUGACAGAUAAAUAGAACAACAAUGCAACAAAUCGGUUUUAGGUGAUUCUGUAAUUUAUACAGAAAAAGUAUUUUAAAUUGAUGUUUUUCCUCCUUAGUCUGUAGACAUCUACAUUGUAUUCAAAUGUAUAUAACAGUGUGAUGUUAAUGUACUUUAAUGCCUGUAUGCAUGUAAAUUAAGCUCACAAGGUGUUCAUCACAGAAACAUUAAUGUCAGGAAGAAAACCUUUGCCUUACAAACCGGUCCACAGAUGCUGUUUGAAGUUGUUGUUGUGAUUUGAGUCAAACACACAAGAGCUUUCACAUGAUUUAAGAAAAAAAGUCAACUUUACUCUUGACAAACACUUAACCUCCAAAGUGCAAGUUUUUUCCUUUUUCUUAGCUUAGCUUAAGGUAGCAGGGAUCAUUAACUGUAAAUGUAGUCUGCGUACCUGGAGAUUUGUACAAUAAAUGGACUGUAUCAGAGUUUGUUAAAAGCAUUCAUAAAACUUAAAUUAGAUCUGCAUUCUUGCCUUCACAUUAACUUGUAUUGGGACAAACACUACUGCCAUUGAGAUGAUAAAGGUGUGAGACGAUCGUUUUGGUGGAGUUGCAGUGUUUGUGCAGAUGUACUUUGAGCUUUUUGGUUUAACAGCGCUAUUGGGAAUAAUAAAUAAAUGAUAUGUUCAUCUGUC